AUGGAAAUAUUUGUGGAUGAAAUAAGUAACUUGCCAAGUAGUAACUCUUUUCAAUUAAAAUCCUCAUCACAGAGAUCAAAACUUAUUUGCUUUCCAUUCUUAGUUUCUCGUAUGACAAAUCGAGUUGCACUUCAUCUAUACCGUCGAACUAAACGUCGUUUUCUGAAAAAAAAUAAACAACACAGUCCAUUAACACCAAAUAUGGAUUCAUAUCGAUAUACACCGUCAGAUAAUGAAAUUCAAAAACUUCUUUAUUAUUAA